AUGUCUGUGGACGAAGUUCUAGCUAUAAGCGACAAAGUAGUGUUGAAAGCUGAAGACUUACUAAGCUGGUUGAGCCAUGGCGCGUCAUGGGAGUGCGGGUUGAAGGCGGUGUGGAGGGGCGCGUGCGCUCCCCCCGCCGCAGCUGUGCCUACGCAGCCGCUGCAUCACACUCGGCUAGACUUCAGCGACGUCGAUAAAGAGAAAAAUCAAUUACCGUCAGAACCUGAUAUUCCAGGCGUAGUGGUAUUCUCCUACCCAAGAUACUGCCGCUACAGGGCGCUAGCAGCAAGGCUCGAAGGCAUCAAAGAAGCGUGGUUGCGCGACGCCCUUGUCGCAGCACUGGGUGGUUACGCCGCCGACACAAAGAACACCGUUAUUUUAUAUUGCCGGGAUACCUUCGAAUACCCUGAGCUAGAAAGUCACGAGUUCAUUUGCAACCACCUGGCCCCUCGGCUUAAGGGCCGACCGCGGGGCCGUCGUCGCCGCGCCGCCAGGUCUAGGAGUCAGUCGCCUUCAUCACGGUCGCGGUCCAGGUCCAGUGACAGUGACCGGGGAGAGCCUGUUGAACACAAGGAAUUACCUAAAACCCCCCGCCGCCUCUCCCUCCGCAACGGCGCCCCUGACCGCCAGAGCGAGGGCGAAGAAGACGAACCGUCCAACACCGAAGACAGAGCUUUUUUACUGCAGCUUAAGCUCUUCUACAAGGGAAGAGGAGAAUCAUUCAGUGUGACACACGCUCUAAAAGAUA